GCGGCAUGCCGUCCGGGGGCAUUGAGUCCCGCGCUCGCCCUCGCUCCGGCACAACAGACACACACACGCACGCACACCCGCCGUCGCCAUGGUGCCGCUCCGGACCGCCGUCGCCGUGCUCGUGCUCGCCGCCGUGGCGCGGGCCGCCCUGGUGCAGCGUGUGCGCCGGGACGACGACGACGAUGAGAAGUACACGUCGAGGUUCGACAACGUCGACCUGGACACGGUGCUCAACAGCGACCGCCUGCUCACCAACUACUUCCGCUGCAUCAUGGACGAGGGCCCGUGCACGCCCGACGCCAAGGAGCUCAAACGAGUGAUCCCCGAGGCGCUGAGCAACAAGUGCGCCAAGUGCUCCGAGCGGCACCGCGCCGGCGCCGAGAAGGUCCUCACCUUCCUCAUCAAGAACCGCGAGGCCGAGUGGACCCGCCUCGAGAAGAAGUACGACCCGAGCGGCCAGUACCGCAAGCUCUACGAGGCCGAGGCGGCCCAGCGCGGCCUGAAGAUCUAAGCUGUUCCCUUCGUAGCGCAAGGGGAUGAGAUGUCACCACCACCACCACCACCACUACUACUACCACCAUCACCACCACCAACACACCUCCGCUGCACCGAAGAGACGUCUGCGACGACCUGUGGGACGACCACAAACGGGAGAGCACCCCACCUCUACUACGCCCCUUUCUCAACAACUCACCCUCCACGACGUCACCCCUCACCGACUCUCCGCGCGCACACGGCUCUCCUCGCCAGGCUGUCUCUUCCUCUCGAUUGCCCAGCCCGUCACUUCGCUCUGCCGGUGAUGAUGAAUCGAUACGAGGCGAGAGAGACGCCGAGCAGGACGCACCCGCGAGUCUCAUCGUGCCAUUCGCAUCCGACAACGUUCCGCGAAGCAGAGGUCUCAAACACACAAUUAAAACAAACACACACAAACACACACAAACACACAUGCGACACGCGAAGGAGACGCGCUGAUUGGAAUCACAAUAUCAGGCUGUGAUGAGGAGUUAGACGUAAAUAAGACUGCGACAGGUCCGGGAUGUUAUUUCUGUUCACUUCACACGCCGGCCGGCGCUACACGUUCGGCAGCUGUCUGCAUUGUAUUGUUUUCAGACUCGAGGAGCAAUCUCUAUCGCCCGCUGCGCUGAACUGAAUCCGUCCAGGAGAUAAAAAUGGAAGCAAUUGUGAUAAAAAUAAAAGCCUGCUUCAAACCAA